AUGUUUGUCCCAGAGUUGCCAUACUCCUGCGUGGAUCUCCUGCAUACGACGUGCAAUUCCGUAUACUGGCUUAUUCUUCUGGAUUACUUCGGGAUUCGGGAGUUCUGGGCUAUACUUUUUGGGGGGACUCUGAUACACUAUAUUGACACAGUUUCUGCAGGGUCUUUCUUUUCUCAGGUUCUAUUUUUUGGGGCUGUAACGGCAUUUCUCCUGAAGGCGAGGAAAGUCUCUUCUUACAGGUUCCAGGAGGUGUGCACGAAUGAAGCUUCUAUUACUAUCAAUGGGAUGCGCCAUAUCGUGUGCAGCCUAGUCUGCAUCUCCAUAUUCGCGUGCGACUUCUCAAUAUAUCCCCUGCACAAGUACAAGAGCAAACACUUCGGGAUUUCUCUGAUGGACUUUGGAGUUGUCGUUUUUAUGUUCAAUGCGGGGAUGAUCUCUGCAGUAAGCCAUAAAUUCCGCCCUAAAAAGACGCUCUACAUGGGAGUGAUGGGGGUUAUACGGCUUCUCGUGAUACUUUCCGGGUACCACUCAGAUCCAACGGAGUAUGGAGUCCACCUGAACUUCUACUUCGUAUACGCAGCAGCUGAGAAUAUCAGCCUGCUCUUCCGGGGGAUUCAGCCGUUAUUUGGGGCUCUUCUUAUCCUGGGAGGGCACGAACUCCUCAUAAACCAGCGGGGAUUCGCUGACUUCGUCUUUUUCUCGGGAAGAAAGACCUUUUUAACGGCAAAUCGGGAGGGUCUUCUCUCGAUUAUGCCGUACACGGGAGUUCUUCUCCUGGGAAAAUCCGUUGGAAAAAUUUUAUUCACUCCUAAGGAGACGGGAAGAAGGAAGUUUUUGCGUCUCUCCCUCUUCUACGGGCUCCUGCACGCGGGAUAUUUCGUGUUUUCGCAGUUUUCCUCGCCCUCACGGCGGCUCUGCUCCUUCUCCUUCAUCGCUUUCUCGUGCAGUGCGAUCGUUCUCCCGAUGUGCCUUCUCUUUGGGGUCUCGUGCUUCUACCGGAUAGAGAAUAUCGAGUUUCUCUCGGGCCUGAGCCGCCUUAUGAACCCGCUUUUUCUCCUGGCUAAUUUGUACGUUCUCCUGGGAAAUGUGCUCUUUGACUGGGCUGCCUUCUCCACGGGGCAGGCCCAUCUCUGCAAUGCCGUAUACCUCCUGCUUCUCUUUGGAGUUCCCGUGCACGCGUACAGGAAGGGAAUUCUCAGGGUAAAAUAA